AUGAAUCGACCAAAGAGGAAGAAAGAGCUAUCGUUCAUGGAGGAACUGAAAGAAAGGAAUCUGAUUGAAGAAGGAGAACUCGUGGAUAUCCCAGAUCUGGAGAACGAAGACCUUAUCGAAGAAAACACAAUGAGCGUCAUAGUACGCUGCCUCAACCCUACAGUCCAUAAGGUUGGAGGACUCAUCAAAGCUCUGCCGGUGAUAUGGGGACUCGAAGACCGAGUGAAAGGAAGAGGAAUUGAAGGGAAUCGGGCUCAGUUCAUUUUCCAGUGCGACAGGGAUCUAAAUCAUGUCUUAACCAGAGGUCCGUGGUUUGUAAACGGAUGGAUUGUCGCACUAGACCAGUGGAGCCCAAACCCAGGUCCAGACUUCUUAAAUCUCAUUCCCUUCUGGAUUCGGAUCUCUGGGCUGCCGAUCCACCAGUUAAAGAAGCAGGCAGUGGAGAGUCUAAUAUCGCCACUAGGAAGAAUUGAUGCAAUAGAACUUCACGCAAAGAACUCGGAUUCCCUGGAGUACGUCCGAGCACAUGCAUGGGUAAAAGCUGAUGCGCCUUUUCAACUCCGCCGACAAGCAAGAUUCAAGACAGGGGAAAUUGUUACAACAGAGUUAGUGUAUGAGAAGCUCUUGAAAGCCUACUUUGUCUGCAAAAGGCUAACACACGACCAGAACAACUGUCCGUUCCAAGUCCAAGUGGAAGCUCAUGUGCCUCAAGCUAGUAAAGCAACAGUCAGGAAGGAAAUUUCUAAAGGGCCAACAAGAAAGGAUCCCAAGGGGAAAGGUACAAUGAUUGAGAAAGAUGAACAAGGGAAAGGAUCCAAUCAACAACUCAGGCUCCAGACCAAAUCCCUCUCAGAACCAAUGGCUAGCAGGAGCAAUGUCAAAGACCGGUUGCAAUGGACAAGGAAAGAAGAACAAUAUGGGCACGGAACUGCUGGCAGCUCCGGUUCUAAGCAUUCUCCUUCAGUAUUUCUACGCCUAGGUUCACCCAAGAUUCCUUCUGGUGCAAAAGGUAGUGGAGAGAAACGCUCAACGGAAAAGGAAUACAGCAGCAGUGGAAGCAAGAAGGAAACCAUUGAAAACGGAGAAGCAGAUGGCGCCAACUUAAGUCUCUCGGUUUUUGAAAGACUUGGAGAAGGAGGGAAAGACCAAAUUGAUUUGGGCUCCCUGCAGCACAAAAGAAGACGCCUCAGCUCUAGUGAUGAAAGGAGCACCAAGAAAGCAAAAACAGGGGGAAACAAAGGAGAGACAACACCGAUAUCAGUUUUUCAAAGACUUGGCGAUCCAUCAUCUGGUUCUGGAUCGAAAGGCUCGGAGAAAAAGAAGCAUUCUGUCCAUGUGACAGCAGAGGGGGUGGGGAAUACCCCUACAGUUCGUCACCUGAGGGAAGUACAUGGUCGGUAUUUCCCAGAGGUUACAUUCCUCUGUGAGACCAAGAACAGACGCAAAUAUAUGGAAGGCAUUGUGGAGCAAUUAGGGUACUUUGAUCUACACACAGUCGAACCAAUAGGCAAAAGUGGAGGAUUGGCUCUAAUGUGGAAGGAUUCGGUUUCGGUGAAAAUCAUCCACUCUGACAACAGGAUUAUUGACACCAUAGUUAAAUGGGAAGACAAGGAGUUCUUCCUUACCUGUGUUUAUGGCGAUCCAGUCAGGAGAAGUAGGGGUAUAGUCUGGGAAAGAAUAGAAAGACUGAAGAUCAACAGACAAGGAGCUUGGAUGAUGACUGGAGAUUUCAAUGAACUAACGGAACCAAAGGAAAAAGAAGGAGGAGUAACAAGGAGGAAGGAAUCAUGUCAAGAAUUCAAGCAAAUGCUUCUCACAUGCGGACUAUGGGAGAUAAAACACAAUGGACAUCAGCUUUCAUGGUACGGUCAGAGACAAGAAGAGCUUGUUCAAUGUAGACUCGACAGAACAGUAGCCAACCAACUUUGGAUGGAACUAUUUGGGCAAGCCUCAGCCACCUAUCUCCCAAGAAUCAGCUCAGAUCAUAGCCCUCUUAUCACAAGCUUAAUAGGUGAUAGCAGGAAAAACAGAGGCAGCUUCAAAUAUGAUCACAGAUGUUUCCAAAGAGAAGGUUUUGCCGCAACAGUAGAAAAGUCAUGGGUUAACUCCGGAACAGACAGAGGUGUUUCAAUGAUGAAGAAAAUCACUGACUGCAGGAAAGCCAUAUCGCAAUGGAAAAGAGCCAACAGUUCAAACUCGGCGAGAAAAAUCCAGGAGCUCCAUCAUAAGAUUGAUCUAGCAACGAGAACCCAACCUUUUCAAGCUCAGGAGAUGGCAAUGCUGAAAAGAGAGCUAAAGGAAGAAUACAACAAUGAAGAAACAUUUUGGAGAAUGAAAAGCAGAGUGAUGUGGUUAAAUAAUGGUGAUCGUAACACCAAAUACUUCCAUGCGGUGACAAAGAACAGAAGAGCUCAAAACCGGAUUAAGUGCCUAAAAGAUGAGCAAGGCAAAGAAUGGUUGGGAGAGGAAAACCUGGGAAGAGUAGCCGAAGCGUACUUCAAGAAGCUCUUUGGAUCUGAAAGCAUUGAUAUGGACCUGGAAGCGGAUGAUCUUUACCACGCAGACUGCUCAGCUGUGACCUCGGAACAAAAUGAAAAACUCAUGGCGCCUGUAACGCAUGAGGAAGUCAAGCAAGCAGUGUUUGACAUCAAUCCGAACAAGUGUCCAGGACCUGAUGGUAUAAACGGGCAUUUCUAUCAGCAAUUUUGGGGAAUUGUGGGACAUGACAUUUUUAAAAUAGUUCAAUCUUUCAUCACUGAAGCUCGACUAGAGCCAGACAUGAAUAAGACAAAUAUCUGUCUUAUUCCCAAAAAAUUGAAGCCGGAAAGCAUGUUAGAUUACCGUCCUAUCAGCCUUAGCAACGUUGUGUACAAGAUAAUAGCCAAAAUUCUUGCAAAAAGUUUUAAAAAGGUGUUGCCACACAUCAUCUCAAAUUCUCAAGCCGCUUUCAUCCAAGGUAGACUCAUAACGGAUAACAUUUUGGUAGCCCAUGAACUCCUACAUGCCCUCAAUUCCAAAAACCAAUGUGCAAUGGAGUUUAUUGCAGUCAAGACGGAUAUCUCCAAAUCUUUCGAUAGAGUUGAAUGGACUUUCCUUGAGAAAGCAAUGCAGACCUUGGGCUUCUCAGCAAGGUGGAUCAGGUUAAUAAUGAGCUGUGUAACAACAGUUAAUUACCAGGUGCUCAUCAACGGAAUUCCUCACGGAUCAAUCAACCCCACCAGAGGUAUCAGGCAGGGAGACCCUCUCUCACCAUACCUUUUUAUCAUUUGCACUGAAAUGUUAGCGAGAAUGCUCCAAAAGGCAGAGAGAGACCAACGGAUCUCAGGAAUCAGGGUGGCAAGGAACGCACCAGCAGUAACACACCUCAUGUUUGCCGAUGACAGUAUGUUCUACUGUAAGAGUAGUGAUGAGGAACUUGAGCACCUAAGCAUCCUGGACAAAUACAGCUUAGCUUCGGGUCAGAGAAUCAACUACCAGAAAUCAAGUAUCUACUUUGGAAAGCUGAUACCGAGUGAAAGAAGAGAAGUAAUCAAGAAAAAACUGGGAAUUGACCAGGAAGGAGGUACUGGAAGAUACCUCGGACUCCCUGAGUCUUUUGGAGGUGCCAAAGUUUCAAUUCUAAGUUAUCUGAAAGACAAUCUCUCGCAGAGAGUCUCAGGCUGGCAGAAUCACCUUCUUUCAGCUGGAGGAAAGGAAGUACUUUUAAAAGCAGUAGCAUUAGCGCUACCCACUUAA